UCUGUAGACGUUAGACGGUCUGAAGUUUCAAAAGUAGAAUUUGUUGGUGUAAUAUGGCUAAAGUUACGUGCAUAGUCCUCUUUGUAGUAGGUGUGAGUCUGAGUAGUAUUCAAGCAGAUGAUGGCAAGAAUGAAUCUGAGGUUGAGAUAGACGUGAAUCAGAUCAUAGACGACUGUAUCGAGGAGUAUCAUAUACCACGUCGACUAUUUUUAGCAGCUGCGGAGACGGGUAGCACCCAUGCACUUACCCCAUGUUUUUGGAGUUGCUGCUUCAAGGGAGUUGGUGUUCUGAAUAGUGAAGGUCAAUACGACAUUGAUGCUACAUUGGACUUGUCCAAGAAAAUUUUUACAGAUCACGAGUACGAAAAAGUUGAAAUAAUCGUAAAAAAAUGUGAAUCAGAGAACGGUGCAUCAGUAAGCAAUGGCAAUAUUGAAUGUGAAAAGAGUGGUUUACUAGCAGAUUGCUUAUUCGAUAAUGCAAAGAAACACUUCCCAAAUACGUUUCGUGUUGAUUAUUAAUAUUUUAAUAACACUUUUUCCGAAAUACGCGAAUGAAAUAUUAAACGUUAAAAUACACUGAAUGUUAUAUAAUUAAUUUGAUCCUACAAAUGAACCGCACAGAGGGCCGCAUCAAUGCAGCACACGGCGGUAGGCCGUGAGAUAUUUGUCAUUAAAUAUUUUAACGAAUACCUCCAUAUAAACUUGCUUACUUUGUCGUAAUAAAUUAUUAUGUUAAUGUUAAAAUCCUAAAAUUGUGACCGCUAUUACAACCUCUUGUUGCUCUUGGACAAAUCAA